AUGCAACCUCCGUUCCCAGCAUGGUAUAAUCCAAAUUCUACUUGUAGAUAUCAUAUGGGAGUGGCAGGACAUUCCAUUGAAGAUUGUGAGGCCUUCAAAACAGCAGUAAGAAAGUUGAUUGCUUGCGGAAGAUUGGAUAUCCAAGAAGAGACUGGGCCUAAUAUUGUCAAUAACCCCAUCCCGAGUCAUGAAGGAAAGAAUCAGGUGAAUGCUAUAGAAACAGAGGAUACCGUGAUAAAGAAAGUUCUGAGUCUGCGUACACCCAUGUCGGGUAUAUGGGAGUGUUUAAAGAAAGCUGGUUAUGACAUCACGGUGCCAGGGCGUUUCAUGAAGGAUGAUGAAAAAUACGAUGAUGAGUCAAGUUGUGCGUACCACAAUGGACACACAGGACAUGAUAUUGAAAACUGCUGGGAUUUCAAAGUCCGAAUCCAAGGCUUGAUCGCAUUGGGUAUCAUACAGGCCAGGCGAAAGAAUGCUUUUCCUGAAGAGGUUAAUAUAGUAGAACGCUUUGUACUUCGGGUGCCACCUAUUAACAAGCAUCCUGUGCCUGAGAAAAUGGUCAUGAAAGUGAAGAAACCAACGCCUUUUUCUUAUAAUGAUACUCAUGCAGUACCGUGGAACUACGAGACAAGUGUUGAAGAAAUUGGAAACACCUCGAGAGCCAAUGUUGAUGAUACUCGCUCGGUGGAAGAAUCAAUGAACACAAUGAGAGUGGGGGAAGUCACGAGAAGCGGGAGAUUCUAUUGCCCGAAAGAACUAGAAAUGAAGAAAAAUGGAAAGGAAGAAGGAGGUGAAGGAAUCAUCAACAAUGAAAAGAAAGAAGGAAAAGAGGAAGAUGAGCUCUUAAAGAUCAUGAAGCAAAGUGAAUACGAUGUGAUGGAACAGUUGAAGAAAACUCCAGCUAGGAUAUCACUUCUGUCACUAAUCCUCUCAUCGGAAUCUCAUCGAAAGGCGCUCAUGAAUAUGUUGAGUGAGGCUUAUGUCAAGUCAGAUGUUACUCCUGAAAACGUGGUCAACAUGGUAGAUCCAGUGAAACAUGUUAACAUGAUCACAUUCUCAAAUGAUGAAGUUGUCUGUUCAUCGGAGAAAACCUCGAAAGCUCUGCAUAUAACGCUGAAAUGUAAAGGGUAUAUUAUAGCCAAGGUUUUGAUUGACGGAGGAUCAGCACUAAAUGUCCUACCACUGUCAACUUUGUCUCAGCUAUCGAUGAGCACGAAUGAUUUAACCCCUCAAGAGAUGAUUGUGCGAGCUUUUGAUGGUACAAAGAGAGGAAUCCUAGGGGAGAUAGUUUUACCCUUAGAGAUAGGCCCGAGUAAUUUUCAGGUUUUAUUCCAAGCCAUGGAUAUCGAACCUGCCUAUACCAUGCUCCUGGGUAGACCUUGGAUCCAUGCAGCAGGUGCUGUGCCUUCUACCCUGCAUCAAAAGGUCAAAUAUAUCGAGAAUGAGUUGAUUGUCACCAUCCAUGGAGAAGAAGAAAUCAUGGUUUCUAAACCGGUCUCGGUGCCGUAUGUUGAAGACACAGAUCCCAUAGAAGGAAAUGGGUGGCAUAGUUUUGAAGUUGUUGAAUCUAGUUGCAAAAAAGAUGAAUCACUGGGGCAAGGUGUGAAUGAGAUAAUCGCUCGAAUUAUGGCCAAGAGUGGAUAUAAGGUGGGUAAAGGUUUGGGCUCGCAGCUGCAAGGUAGCCGAUCACCUAUAAUGGUUCCAGAAAAAUCAAAUAAAUUUGGUUUAGGGUAUGAAGGGUCGUUUGAGGAAAAAGUUGAGAGAAAAAGAGGCAACAAGGGCAAGACGCAACAAAUUCCCCAUCUAAGAGAAACAUUCCCGGUGCCAGCAGAGGUUAUUAUGCCUGAAGAGGUCGUUCAUCUCCCACAUAUCAAUGCACUGGAUGAUGAAGACCUAGAAGGAUGCAGCACGAUUCGUCUGUCCACUAAUGAUGGAGCAUUGAAGAAUUGGCAGACAGAGCCAUUGCCUCAUGAAAGGGACCUUGAAAACUCACCGAUUGAUUCUCUUGUGGCUAUCAAUGAAGAAGAUCCGGGGUCUGAUGAGGAGCAAAUAGUAGAAGAAUUUUCAAAGUUGUUAGAAGGCUCGGAAAAGAAAUUUGAUUUGAAUGAUGAGGUGUUUGAGUUAAUCAAUAUGGGCACUGAGGAAGAGAAGAAAGAAUUGAAAAUUGUUGAUAAUCCCGAGCGGGAAGAGAUGAUUCAAUUAUUCAAAGAGUAUCUAGAUGUCUUUGCAUGGACGUACCGAGAUAUGCCUGGAGUAGAUCCAAGGAUUGCAUCACAUAAAAUUCCCUUGUACCCGGAUGCUGAACCAAAAAAGCAGAAGUUAAGGAGGAUGCGCCCAGAUAUAUCCCUGAAAAUUAAAGAAGAGGUGACAAAGUUGUUAGAGGCAGAAUUUAUAGAAGUCUCAGUAUACCCAGAUUGGGUAGCCAACGUAGUGCCUGUGCCUAAAAAGGAUGGAAAAAUCCGCGUGUGUGUAGACUACAGGGAUUUAAAUAAAGCUUGUCCGAAGGAUGAUUUCCCACUUCCUCAUAUCGAUGUGCUUGUUGAUAAUACGGCCAAGUAUCAUACAUUCUCAUUUAUGGAUGGAUAUUCGGGGUAUAAUCAAAUUCUCAUGGAUGUUGAUGAUAAAGAAAAAACUGCUUUUAUUACUCCUUGGGGGACAUUUCGUUAUAGAGUGAUGUCAUUUGGACUAAAGAAUGCAGGGGCUACUUAUCAGCGCGCUAUGGUUGCAUUAUUCCACGACAUGAUGCACAAGGAGAUUGAAGUGUAUGUGGAUGACAUAGUUGCUAAGUCAAAAGAAGGGGGGAGUCAUGUGAAAGUCCUGCAAAAGUUGUUCGAACGACUCCGAAAGUACCAGUUGAGAUUGAACCCUAGCAAAUGUGUUUUUGGCGCAUCCUCAGGAAAAUUGCUCGGUUUCAUUGUUAGUAGAGAAGGAAUACAGGUGGAUCCAGAAAAAGCAAAAGCAAUACGAGAUAUGCCCGCUCCUAAAUCAGAGCGAGAUGUGAGAAGCUUCUUGGGACGACUCAAUUAUAUUGCUAGAUUCAUUGCAAACUUAACUAGCACUUGUGAGCCUAUCUUUAAGCUAUUGAGGAAGAAUCAACCAGGGAAGUGGGAUGAAGACUGCCAGAAGGCAUUCGACAAAAUAAAGGCUUACUUGUUGAACCCCCCUAUCUUGGUACCGCCAAUGCCAGGUCGCCCUUUGAUUUUGUAUUUGACUGUGCUGCCCACCUCCAUGGGAGCAAUGCUGGGGCAACAUGAUGAGUUUGGUAAGAAAGAGAAAGCUGUGUACUACAUUAGCAAGAAGUUCAAUGAAUGUGAGGUUCGUUAUAUGGCAAUCGAGAAGACGUGUUGUGCUCUAGUGUGGAGCUCGAAAAGACUACGACAGUACAUGUUGUAUUACACCACCUGGUUGAUAUCUCGAAUAGAUCCUUUGAAGUAUAUAUUUGAAAGCCCUCAUAUUUCUUUAAAGGUCUCAAAAUGGCAGAUGAUAUUGUCAGAAUUUGACAUCCAAUACGUGACUCGGAAGUCGAUCAAGGGAAGCGCAAUUGCAGAUCACCUAGCUGAAAAUCCCAUUGAAGACGACCAGUCAAUGCAAAUUGAAAUUCCAGGCGGGGAAAUACUGGCAGUAGAAGAAGAUGAGAUUGAGAAAAGUGCAUGGAAAAUGUAUUUUGAUGGGGCAGUUAAUAUGCACGGCAGUGGUGUAGGAGCAGUGGUCAUUUCACCAACCGGCAAGCAAUACCCGGUGGCCAUCAAGCUGGACUUUGAAUGCACCAAUAACAUUGCAGAAUAUGAGGCUUGUGCAAGCGGUCUACGUCUUGCGAUCGAUUUAGGAGUGAAACUGUUGGAAGUAUUUGGGGAUUCAGCUCUUAUCAUUUACCAGGUGAAUGGCGAGUGGCAGACUAAAGAUGCGAAGUUGGUGCCCUACCAAAAGUACUUGACUCGAUUGAUUGCAGAGUUUGAAGAAAUAGAAUUCUCGCAUUUAACUAGAGACAAGAAUCGAUUUGCAGAUGCUCUAGCCACGUUGGCUGCAAUGACUAAGCUGGAUAUCCUCAGUGAUGUCCAACCUAUCCAAGUUGAGAUGAGAGAUGAACCAGCUCACUGCGCUAGUGUGGAGAACGGGCCAGAUGGUAAACCUUGGUACUUUGAUAUCAAACAGUAUAUUCAGCACAGAGAAUACCCAACUGGGGCAAACGAAGCCCAUAGGAAGACCGUUCGCCGGUUGUCGAUGGCCUUUUUCUUGAACGGAGAAAUUUUGUACAAGAGAAGUCAUGAUGGCACCCUUUUAAGAUGCGUAGAUGCUCGUGAAGCUCACUCAAUCAUGAUUGAAGUCCAUGAGGGAAUUUGUGGGACUCAUGCCAAUGGACAUAUGAUGACGCGCAAGAUUAUGAGGAGCGGAUAUUAUUGGUCCACCAUGGAGGCAGAUUGCGUAGAACAUGUUCAAAAGUGCCAAAAGUGUCAAAUGUAUGCAGACCGUAUCAAUUCACCGCCUUUUCCAUUACACAAUAUGGUGUCUCCUUGGCCGUUCUCGAUGUGGGGAAUAGAUGUUAUUGGUUUGAUCAAUCCAAAGGCCUCGAAUGGGCAUCGCUUUAUCCUGGUAGCAAUAGAUUAUUUUACCAAGUGGAUAGAAGCCUCAUCGUAUGCCAACAUUUCACAAAAGGUGUUUGUCAAGUUUCUCAAGAGAGAUAUCAUUUCCAGAUAUGGGAUUCCAGAAAGGAUAAUUACAGAUAAUGCUCCUAAUCUUAACGGUGCAGAAGUGCGAAAACUAUGUGAGCAUUUCAAGAUUAAGCAUCACAACUCAGCUCCUUAUAGACCUCAGAUGAAUGGUGCAGUUGAAGCAGCCAAUAAGAAUAUCAAAAAGAUCAUUGCCAAGAUGGUUGUGAGUUAUAAAGAUUGGCAUGAGAUGUUACCCUAUGCUUUACACGCGUAUCGAACCAAUAUACGUACGAGUACUGGGGCAACACCUUUCUCCUUGGUAUAUGGAAUGGAGGCUAUCUCUCCGAUAGAAGUUGAAAUUCCUUCAUUAAGGGUUUUGAUGGAGGCAGAAUUAGAAGAGUCCGAAUGGGUGAAAGCACGAUAUGAACAACUGAACAUGAUUGAAGAGAAAAGAUUGACAGCUCUUUGUCACGGGCAGUUGUAUCAGGGUAGAAUGGCUAAAGCCUUUAACAAGAAAGUCCGGCCGAGGGAAUUCCAAUCAGGUGAUCUGGUCUUAAAAAAAAUCUUGCCUAAUCAAGAAGAUGCUAGAGGAAAAUGGGCUCCAAAUUAUGAUGGCCCUUAUGUGGUCAAACAUGCUUUUUCUGGGGGAGCAUUAAUUCUACAAGACAUGGAAGGGCAGGAGUUACGAAGACCAAUAAAUACUGAUGCUGUCAAAAGAUUCUAUGCCUAA